AUGUCCGGAGCAAAGCCGGAAGCACGUUCCAGCUCUUGCGCAGCUUCAGACUCAGCCAAGGGUCGUCCCCAGCCGCACCAUGUUGACGACCCCCCGAUCGAUAAGGACAAGGUCGCUAGCAGGCUCCAAGCUUCCGGGAUGGAACUCGAGCUUGACAAGUUCAUGGGCACUAUCACGGCAACAGAGUCGCCUGAUGCCGUCAUCAAGACGAUUGCUUCGACCAAGGGGAUACAGUUUUACGAAACAGGGUAA